CUGCCGGAGGCUGUCACCAUGACCCUCACCAAAGGCUCCUUCACCUACUCCAACGGGGAGGAGUACCGUGGCGAGUGGAAGGAAGGUCGCAGGCAUGGCGUUGGGCAGCUGACAUUUGCCGACGGCACCGCUUACGUGGGGCACUUCGAGAAUGGGCUCUUCCACGGCUGCGGCAUGCUCACCUUCCCCGACGGCUCCAGGUACGAGGGGGAGUUUGUGCAGGGCAAGUUCAACGGCGUCGGCGUCUUCACCCGCUGCGACAACAUGACCUUUGAGGGCGAGUUCAAAGGCGGGCGUGUGUACGGCUUUGGUCUCCUGACCUUUCCCGACGGCUCCCACGGGGUGCCCCGUAACGAGGGCUUCUUCGAGAACAACAAGCUGCUGCGGCGGGAGAAGUGCCCGGCCGUCAUCCAGAGGGCCCAGGGCGCCUCCAAGUCUGCCCACAACCUGACAGCAUGACGGUGCCCCGUGCCCCCCUCCCACUGCAGUGGGGACCUCCCCACCGGGCACUGG